AUGUCUGACCUUGCGAGCCGCAUCACCGAUCCCAGCGGCGGUGCCGCCGACAAUGCUACUGCAGAGGCGCCGCCGGCCUCAGUGGUCUCAGACGUCCCGGACGUGGCCGUCGCCGAAUCUGCCACGGAACCAACCGUGGGCGACGCACAAGCCGACGGUACCGUCGAGGCUCUUGGUGGCUCUGGGCUCCACGAGCCAGAGUGGGAUGUCGAGAUAUCGCUCAGCGAGCUGCAGGAUAACGAGGCCACACCCUUUCACUCGGCUACUACUUGGCAUGACCUUGGCCUCUCUGACUCCAUAUUGAAAGGCCUACUUGCCCUCAACUUCCUGAAGCCGUCCAAAGUGCAGGGCAAGUCGCUCCCUUUGAUGCUCAGCAACCCCCCUCGCAACAUGCUGGCCCAGUCCCAGUCGGGCACCGGCAAAACGGCCGCGUUUGUCACGGCGAUAUUGUCGCGUGUCGACUUUACGCAACCUGAACAGCCCCAGGCCCUGGUUCUGGCCCCCAGUCGAGAGUUGGCUCGGCAGAUAGAGGGUGUGGUGAGAGCCAUCGGCCGCUUUGCCGACAACCUCAGGAUUGCUGCCGCGAUUCCCGGCGCGUUGCCCCGCGGAGAAAUGGUCAAAGCCAGUGUCAUUGUGGGAACUCCGGGUACCGUCAUGGACACCGUGAGGCGCAGGCAGCUUGAUGUUUCGAAGCUGCGAGUCCUCGUUCUCGAUGAGGCAGACAACAUGCUGGAUCAGCAGGGCCUUGGCGAUCAGUGCAUGAGGGUGAAAGGCAUGUUGCCGAGGGACAUCCAGACCCUGCUCUUCUCGGCCACCUUCCCGGAAAAGGUCAACAACUACGCGGGGAAAUUCGCGCCGAAUGCGCACGUUCUGAAGCUUCAGCGCAGCGAGCUCACGGUCAAGGGCAUCUCCCAGAUGUUUAUCGACUGCCCCGACGACCACACUCGAUAUGAGGUGCUCUGCAAGCUCUACGGUCUGAUGACGAUUGGCCAUGGGAUGGCGAUUCUGAUGUUGUUCAUGUCACAGACGCGCGAGAGCGCCAACGAGAUCCAGCGUCGCAUGGUUGCCGACGGCCACAAGGUUUCGGCCUUGCACGCCGCCUUUGACGGCAAUGAGCGAGAUGAGCUGCUGGCCAAGUUUCGCAGCGGCGAGAACAAGGUUUUGAUUGCGACGAAUGUCAUUGCUCGUGGCAUUGAUGUUUCGAGCGUUUCCAUGGUCAUCAAUUACGAUAUCCCAAUGAAGGGCCGAGGCGACACGGAACCAGAUGCCGAGACGUAUCUCCACCGCAUCGGACGAACAGGCCGUUUCGGCCGCAUAGGCGUCAGCAUCAGCUUCGUCUAUGACAAGAGAAGUUUCGAGGGGCUUAGCAAAAUCGCCAGCACGUUUGGCAUCGACCUGGUACGGCUGGAGACGGAAGACUGGGAUGCGGCGGAGGAGAAGGUGAAGGAAGUGAUCAAGAGGAACAGAGCACAGGCGAGCUACGCGCCCAGCGCCACCGACAGGAUGAAGGCAGCCGCCCCUUAG